AUGAUUGACAGCCAAAUUUCAGACUAAUUCUUUUAUUGUCAAAAAAAACAACAGUUUUUCUUUUGGUGGUGUUUGUUAUUGAAUACUUCGUAUAUCAUUCAUCAAUUAAUAUUUUCGUAAAAAUUCCAGCAACAACAAAAAAAAAAUGUCUGUACGAAUUAUAAUCAAAAUAUUUUUAACAUUACAAUUAUUAUUAUUAAUAUUUCGUCAAAUGAUUGAUUUUGCCGGCAUACAAUGGUUAAUGAUAUUGAUUAAUGCAUUAGCCAUUAUAAUAACUAUAACUGGUUUUUUUGGUUAUCUAUUAUUUUAUAUAACAUUUCAAUUAUUUUUAAUAUUAUAUAAUAUUUAUGUGAUAUGUGUUUAUGCACGUUUUAUAACAUUGGAUACAUUUGGUGAUAUUACUUCGUCAACAACGACUAAUCUAUAUAAAUCGGAUAUCAUUGAUCAUCAUCAUCAACAAUCAAACUAUCCAAUUGUUCAUACAUCACCAUUAUUACCAUCAGCACAAUUAUUAUCAUUUGAUCAAAAUUCACGUUCAUUUUGGUAUAUAAUUGUUUCAAAUCAUAUAUCAAAUAUACAAUCACAUUUAAAUCAUUAUAAUUAUUAUCAACAACAACAACAACAACCACAAUCAUCACCAAUUAUUAAACAUCUAAUAUCAUCAACAACAACAACAACGGAAAACCUCAAUAAUCAUGUUUCAACUGCAUCUACAACAACAUCGACAAAUCAACAUCUUCAUCGUCAUCCAUUAGAUGAAUCAUUAGUUGAUCUUUGUGUUCAAUAUAUUGAAAUUGCUAUCGCAUCUUUACACAUUUUUAUUUCGCUUUUGGCUAUCGGAUUGAUUUUAUUAAAAUAUAAGCUUGAAAGAGAUAAAUUUUUACGUAAUAAUGAUAAAACUACACCACCAUUACCACCAUAUACGAUUAAUCCACAAAUGAAUCAUUAUAUGAGUUUUACACCAUCAACAAUAACAACAGCAACAACAACAACAAAAAGUUCAUUAUAUAAUCAGAAUACAAAUUCUGUACGAAGAUCAUCAAAACGUCGUCGUAGUACACGUAGUCUUUAUUCACAAAAAUCUAAAUCAAAUUCAUUAGGUGCAUUAAAUCAAAUACGUACCAAUAAUAAUAAUAAUAAUAGUGGAUCAUUACGUUCAACAAUAUCAAAACAUGGACAUCAUCGUAAAAGUGCAACAUCAUUAUUAAUGAUGAAUUCUAUUAAUAAUAAUAAUAAUAAUGCUGAUGUAUCAUUUAUAUCGAAUAAUUCACAACGUUCACAAGGUGCCAAAAGUUUAAAUCAUUCAAAUUAUGGUCAAAUUAAUAAUAAUAAUAAUGGAGUUUAUGGUACAAUUAUAAGUACACCGGUCAAUAAACCAACUGUACCAUUACGAAAUCAACAACGACAACUAUAUCAACAACAACAACAACAACAACAACAUUCAUCAAGACAUUCAUCAUUAUAUGGCCAAACAACAAAUUAUGGAACAAAAUUUUUAACAUCCGAUUCUGAAACGGAUAAUUAUUAUCAUACAUUUACACCUGCUUAUCUAAAUAAUGGUUUAGCUAAUCCUUUGUAUGGAAAACGUAAUUCAUAUAUGGAUUCAUCUGAAACUGCCAUUUAAUUUAUAUCAUUAUUGAUAUUUAUUUAUUUUAUUUAUUCAACUCUUCGCUCAAUCUAAAAAUCAGCGAAUCAUUUUUCAGCUAUUUUUUUAUCUAUCUAUUUUAUUAU